AUGAGCUUGAGCAAGUAUUCCAAACCAACUUUAAACGAUCCUAAUUUAUUUAGAGAAUCUGCAUAUGUCAACGGUGAAUGGAUCAAAGGUACGGACGAGUUUUUUGAGGUGGUAGACCCUGCAUCUGGUGAAAUCAUAGCAAGGGUUCCCGAACAGCCAGUCUCUGUGGUUGAAAAAGCGAUUGAUGUGGCUUAUUCUGCCUUCAAAACCUACAAAAAUACGUCACCAAGAGAGAGAUCCAAGUGGCUCAGAAAAUUGUACAAUCUAAUGCUUGAUAAUUUGGAUGAUCUAGCCACAAUCAUUACUUUAGAAAAUGGUAAGGCCCUAGAAGAAGCUAAGGGAGAAGUCAAAUACGCAGCUUCGUAUUUUGAAUGGUAUGCCGAGGAAGCACCUCGUUUAUAUGGUACUACCAUUCAACCCUUGAACCCCAACAAUAGAGUUUUUACUAUUAGGCAACCUGUUGGUGUAUGCGGUAUAAUUUGUCCUUGGAAUUUCCCAAGCGCUAUGAUUACAAGAAAGGCUGCUGCUGCCUUAGCUGUUGGUUGCACAGUGGUCAUCAAGCCAGAUUCCCAAACACCGCUGUCCGCUUUAGCAAUGGCAUACUUGGCUGAAAAAGCUGGCUUUCCUAAGGGUUCAUUUAACGUUAUUCUUUCUCAUGCUAACACGCCGAAGCUUGGUAUGACAUUAUGCGAAUCACCAAAAGUGAAGAAAGUUACCUUCACUGGUUCGACGAAUGUUGGAAAAAUAUUGAUGAAACAGUCAUCUUCUACUUUGAAGAAACUGUCUUUUGAAUUGGGUGGGAAUGCUCCAUUUAUCGUCUUUAAGGAUGCUGAUCUGGACCGAGCUGUGGAACAAGCCAUAGUCUGUAAGUUUAGAGGACUGGGUCAAACUUGUGUAUGCGCAAAUAGGCUAUACGUUCACUCUUCCAUAAUUGAUAGAUUUGCCAAAUCAUUAGCAGAUGGAGUUAAAAAAUUUGUACUUGGUCAUGGGUUGGACCCAAAAACCACACAUGGUUGUGUCAUCAAUUCUGAUGCCAUUGAGAAAGUUGAACGUCAUAAGCAAGACGCCAUUUCCAAAGGAGCGAAAGUUGUUCUUGAGGGUGGCCGCCUUCCUGAUUUAGGACCUAACUUUUAUGCUCCAGUUAUAUUGUCACAUGUGCCACCAACGGCCAUUGUUGCCAAAGAAGAAACCUUCGGUCCUUUAUGUCCAAUUUUUUCAUUUGACACUAUGAAGGAAGUUGUUGGGUAUGCAAAUGACACCGAGUUUGGUUUGGCAGCUUACGUUUUUUCCAAAAAUGUCGACACUCUAUAUACUGUGUCUGAAGCGUUAGAAACUGGUAUGGUUUCAUGUAAUACAGGUGUCUUCUYGGACUGUUCUCUACCAUUCGGUGGUAUCAAAGAAUCAGGGUUUGGAAGAGAAGGCUCGCUACAUGGUGUUGAUGACUAUACCGUCUUGAAGACUGUCACAAUCGGUAAAUUGCCAGAUAGUAUUUAG